ACAAUCGACACAGAAUAAUCGAUCAGAAGGUCCGCAGCCAAAGUGAAAGCUGUCAGGAUUAAGUUUUGUGUAACAUAAAGUGAUUUAACUCUUAUUGCGUCGGUGACUCCUCUGUCUAAACGGCAUCAUGUUCAUAGCUUUGGAGAACUCGUCGCCCUCCUUCAAAGAUUUCACCCUCGUCAUGCCAGCGGUGGCUGUCGGUAACGUGGGUCAGCUGGCGGUGGACCUCAUCGUGUCCACGCUUCACAUGAGCACAGUGGGACACAUACACACGGACUGUCUGAUCCCGAUGGCUGGGAACAACCCGUAUCCCACCUGCAAAGGAGAUGCUGAGGAGAUGCACACGCCUGCAGAAGUUUACACAGCACCAGAGCUGAAGUUGGCAGUUCUUCAGAUCAGAGCCCCAAUUAUUCAGAACAAAUCUAAACGGUUUCGCCAGCUGAUCGUGUCUUGGAUCAAAGCCAGCGGGUUCUCUAGGACUGUGGUGCUGUCUAGCAGUCACGCCUACCAGAGGGACGACAAGCAGCUGCAGGGUGCUCCCCUCAGGUACCUGCUCACUCCAUCCCUGCUGAAGGUGAGUGCAGAGGCCCUGAAGGAGCUGGGCUGGAGGGAGAUGGAGCGAGUGGCAGCCUUCCCGGGUCUGACCGAUGCCAACGCAGAGCCGCGCCUCUACAUCCCCGGAGGAGGCAUCACCAAGGGUCUCUACACAGACAGUUGUGCAGAGGAUCUACCGCUGGCCGUGCUGCUCCUCUUCUGUUCAGAAGGCGACAACAUCCCAGACGCCUUCACCCUCGUCAACCAGCUCAACGACUGGCUCCAUCUGCUGGACAAUCCAAGUCAAGAACCCAACAAAUGGAAAGUCCCAGCAUCAUGGAGUCUUCUCUUUGGCAGCGGAAUCCCCCCUGCACUGUUUUAAGCCUGUUUUAGUGCUGACUGGGAUCACAUCUACACCGUUAACGGUGUAUUAUUGUUGAUGCCAUAUGAACCUUCACACACUUUUCAAAUCUGCUGCAGUUUCUUUGAUGAGUCUUUCUUUAUACAAACGUCUACAGGAAUUGGCCCCACAUGUCCACACAAUGUAGUUCCAGGAAUUACAGGAUUUGAAUGUUUUUCCAAUAAAAGGCUGUUCCAGCAGGAA